AUGGUCUUUUCUUCAAAGCUGAACUAUAUCAGCUUCACUGUGGCACCAACCAUCAAAUACAUUAUAUUAACACAAACCUUUAGCCCAUUUCCUGUCAUUGCUUGCCUCCUCAAUGACCUGAAAAUCAUAAACUCUGACCUCGGCCGUCUUGCUUUAGCUACAGCGUUGAUCAGGGAUUACUCAACACCAGAAGGGAAGCCAGUGGACGAAUUGUGCAUCGCUUUCAUUUCUUGCGGGGUUCUCCUCUCGGCCAUAAUCAGUGACUUCUUAGGGGCUCAGAUGUACCAUUGGAAAGUGCCUCUCAAAGAUGCAACUACACUUGCACUCAUCCUGAGUACUCAAGGCAUUGUCGAGAUGGCCGGGCUUCUCAUCUUCACGCAAAAUCAGUCACCAGACAAUGCCGAGCUACGAAUAUUUGUCUGUGUCCAUAGACAAGACGAGGCCUUGGCAGCCAUUAAGCUCCUUGAAGUUACCAAUCCUUCCCGAGAAAGUCCUCUGCUAGUCCAUGUACUCCACCUCAUGGAGCUCAAAGGCCAAGCCACCCCACUCUUAAUCAACCACAAAUUUGGCCAAAAGAUAUCCGCCACCUCUCGCUCACGGCAGAUCAUUGACAUUUUCAAUUACUACAAGAUUCAAUACUUAGGGUUGGUCAAUGUGCAAGCCUUCACUGCAAUAUCAACGCCAAAGUUCAUGCACUACAACAUUUGUUCACUAGCCUUUGACAAGUUGACGUCGCUUGUAAUACUUCCAUUUCAUAGGAAAUGGAAUUCUCAAGGUAAAAUGAUUGUCAACAACAAUACCUUGAGGUCUAUCAACCAUCAGGUCAUAGAGUUGGCCCCUUGUUCAGUCGGCAUUCUUGUCGACCGUCGCAAAAUACAGCGCACCACGCCAGUUUCACCAUUGUAUCAUGUGGCUGUACUCUUUUUGGGAGGUAAUGAUGAUCGUGAAGCACUGGCUUAUGCCAAUCGGAUGGCGCAAUCCCCAGCUGUUCACUUGACAGUUCUGCGGUUAGUAGCUGAGGAGAAUACGGGUGAGGACAACGGGGAGACUAUGCUUGACUCAGAGAAUUUGAAGGAAAUAAGACUGCAAAGUUCACCUAGAGGUAAUGUAAUGUAUAGAGAGGAGAAGGUGAAAGAUGGACUGGACACGGCUCUGAUAAUCCAUACCAUGGACAAAAUUUACGACCUGAUCAUGGUGGGGCAGCAACACAGAUUGGAUUCACCGGUGCUAUCAGGCCUGUUAGAGUGGACUGAGUUGCCGGAGCUUGGGGCAAUCGGAGACCUACUUGCAUCCCAAGAUACUAGUCAACCAGUUUCAAUCUUGGUGGUGCAACAGCAGCACACCAAGUUCAAAACAAAGUAG